AUGUUUUUUGCCUUCUGUAUGCUUUUGGAUGAGCAAAGGAGUCUCAAGGCACCAUUACCGGUCCUCUUAGCUGCAGGAGUGUCCCAUAACAUCGUCCUGCAAGUCUUGCUAUCAGUGUACACUUUCAUACCGGUAACCUGGGGGGUCAGUGCUGUCAUUUUGAUUACAGCAUUCCUCAUUUACUCCAGCGUCUCCAGCUUGUCUUCUAAUGUGUGGCUGAGUGUUUUCUACUACACCAAGAUCGUGUCCUCCCAAAGCAGAGUCUUCGUGUGGGCCAAGGGAAACAUCACCGCUGUGGUGUACGCAGGGCUGAUCGUGGACAAGAUCUACCUGAUACUCUUCUCCGUCUCCCUCGUAGUUCCCGCCUACCUGGACACCUCUCCAGCCAACGUCUCGUCGCCGGGCAAUGCCACGGCCGGCCUCGAGGACGAGUCAGUGUGGGCCUCCGUACAAUAUGUCUACAGACGCGUUCACGUAGGCUACCUGUUCACGUUCAUCGGGUUGAUGAUGUGGGUUUGGAGCAGCACCCUGGUCUACAUCUGCAGGCACAUGAGGAGUAUGGAGGGGAGCAGUGGACCAUUCUCCGACCCCAAGCUGCGGAGUCAACUUCGGGUGGUGGCCCAGGGCAUCGUGCAGACCAUCCUCUACAUCGUCUCCGCUGUGUCGCAGGUCAUCAAUCUCGUUCAACCGCAAACGGAUUUGAAUGCCCAAGACCGUGUGUAUUUGCACAAUGUUUCGAUAGCGGUGUACACACUGGGGACCACCAUCAACCUGGGGCUGAGCCAGCACCUGUUCAGAGAGAGAGCAGUCAAGGUUAUGACCAGGGUUAAAUCUGGGGACUGUUGGAAAUGUAAGAGUUUAAAGUAA